GGAAAACAGAAAUUAAUUCGUAAUUACCCCAAAGCCAAACCGCACGAAAAAGUCCCGAGAUGCCGCGACGCGAAUUCCCCUCUCGAAUGCGCUCGGAAUUCGAGCGAUGAUCGGAGCGGCGACCAACCAGAUCCCGCCGCCGCCGCCGCCGCCGCAGCCGCAGCAAGCCGCGCCCGCCGCCGCCGCGAUCCGGUUCCCCGACUCCGUCUACAACGCGCUCAGGGUGGGCGCCGUCUUCCAGCGGCUGUCGAAGCACCUCGCCACCAUCGGCAAGGGCUCCGGCCUGUCGGCAUCUUGCGGUACUUCCAUGGAGUUCCUGAACUCGUGCCUCUGCCUCGCCAGAGGCAUUGACUAUGCGGUCGCGAACAAUGAGGUUCUGCCCAAAGCUCACGAAUUGCCUGUCUUAUUGAAAAGGCUCUGCCUUCUUAAAGAUGAUAGUUUCUAUCUUUCAGUUAUAAUGGUUCUGAUGAUCUCUGUUAAGAAUGCAUGCAAAUAUAAAUGGUUUUCAGAGAAGGAUUGUCAAGAGCUCCUUGCCCUUGUUGAUGAAAUUGGGAAAAACUUUCAAAGUCCAAGAGAUGCUGCCGUUGGAAGUACUGCCUCUUUUUCCCGAGUUUCAAGUAUAUUUGCAAGAUUCUAUCCACAGCUGAAGAUGGGCUACGAUCUUAUUUCGCUGGAAGUAGAGCCUGGAUAUGCAGCACUGGUCAAUGAUUUUCACAUAUCUAAGAGCAUGGUGCACUCUCCAGAAGAGAAAAUAAGGUUAUUUGUAGCACAUACAGAUAACAUAGAGACAUCUGCAUGUAUCGUAACUCCUCCAGAAGUAAGCUUUCUACUAAAUGGAAAAGGAGUAGAGAGAAGGACCAAUACUUUCGUGGAUACUGGACCUCAGAUGCCUACUAAUGUCACUCAAAUGCUUAAAUAUGGCACAAACCUUCUCCAAGCUGUUGGCCAGUUCAAUGGUCAUUACAUGAUAAUCAUUGCCUUUAUGAGUGUGGCGUCGCCACCUGAUUCAUCAACACUAUUAGAUUAUGUUCCAGCAACCAUUGCUGCAACAGAUUCAGACUCCGACAUAGUAGAGGUGGCAUCUCGUAUAAGUCUCAAUUGUCCCAUAAGCCGUACCCGUAUCCAAUUACCUGUUAAAGGACAUUCCUGCAAGCACCAUCAGUGUUUUGAUUAUAGGAAUUUUCUCAGCAUAAAUUCAAGCAAACCAUCUUGGCGCUGCCCUCAUUGCAAUCAACCUGUCUGCUUUACUGACAUCCGUGUUGAUCAAAACAUUGUGAAGGUCCUGCAAGAAGUGGGUGAUGACAUUUCUGAGGUGACAAUCACUCUUGAUGGUUCAUGGAAGGCAGUUAUGGAGUGUGAUGAUGAUCUACACAAGACUCCCAAUGAGACCCGGAACUGCCUUAAACGAGGGUCUGAGCAGCAAAAAUGUACUGUUUCUCCAAAUGCCAUUUCCAAUGUUUUGGAUCUAACGGGGGACGACGACGAAAUGGAUGGGGCCUUUACUUCUGAAUCUGAAGACAGGAAACCUUUGCAAUCUGAUUUUAUGAUUCAGAGCAUCCCAACAAAUCCAUCUUUGCCAUCUAUACUAAACAGUGGAAGCACUGUAACCCAACUUGCUCAAUUGGGAAAUAACUUGCCUGGAUUCGUUCAAACUCCUUCCACAUCAAAUGCCGGGCAGGAGAUGCAAAUACAUGGGGGUCUACCACAGGCAAUCUCUAUGAUUGUCACUUUGCCAUUGGUUGGUGCCAUCCCUCCUGCACCAGCUCAAGAUGCUCAAUUACUUGGAAAUGCUAAUUUCAUGGACUCUGUGAGGCAAACUCAUUUGUCUGUUCCCAAUACUCGACAAAUACAACAGUCACCAGUCAUAAAUACUGCUGUUGGAAGUGAAUAUGGGAAUAUGCCCUCCAUACCUAGACAUGCAACUAGAGCUUCUGUAGGAAUGCCGGUCCCCCCAGCCCGGGCCCAGACACCAAGCCCAUUGCAGCCACAGAGUAUGAUGAAUUCUAUGAUGCCCAGUGGUCCUUCCAUGGCUCCGCAGCCUACAAUGUCUACGACUCAGCCAUUAGAAGGUUUUGGAAGUGCAGGAAUGCAUGUGGAGAGGCAGCAGCAAAUUUCUAGACCUCCUGUUAAUACCCUUCAAGUCUCAAACAUUCCUCCAUCAGCAUUGCUCCGGAGCUCAUCAAUGCAGGAUCGAUCAUUCUCCACGGGACAAUCAGCCCAAAUGCCUGUGGUGCGCCCAUCUCCUGGUCAACUCCAUGGUCGUUCUAGAACGUCCUCUGGACUGUUCCAAACAGUCCAAAACUCGCACUUGCAGCAAUCUCUGAACAUGGUGACUUCACCAUCCACUACCCAUUCUCCAAGCAUGGGUAGACCAUUUCUUCCCCGUACUCUAGCUCCAGUCAGUCAGACACCCAGCUCGUCGAGAUUCUGGCCUUCUGCUCAACAGCCAGCCAUGCCUGCACAGACUCCGGUGCAGUCGCAGAAUCAACCCUCGAGAAUGCGGGAUUAUGUAGUUGAUAGAUUGAGGGCAUCAGCAGGUGACCAGAGAGCUAACACCGGGGUACACGCUCCCUCAGGUGUCGACGGUACUAGGGAGUUGUCGGUGGAGCAGAACUGGCGUCCACGUCAAAUGCGCGGAAGCAUUACUGAACGGUUGCACUUGGAUAAUAAUCUCAAUGUGAUCCGGCCAACCCAACAGGCUCAAGCUACUCCACCCCCACCCGCUGUGGGUUCCAGUUCAUCCUCGCCUACGGUUGCGCCUCACCUACGGGUUCCUAAUCCUAUGGUCAAUAGCAGAAGUCAUCUAGGUUAUCCGCGGGGCACCCAGUGACCAAGCUAGAUCAUCCUACCACAACGAUCGCAGAUGAAGGACCGAUUUUGGAUUUAAGGGUGGCUGGUGGUUUUGUGCAGGUUUUUCUUGGUGUAAAGAUCGAUAUAAUCGGUUAGCCCUGGUAGAUGUGCGCGCGAUGUUGUCUGUAGUAAAUGUCAUCUUUCUUGCAAUGGACAGAGUUGAUGUAUUUUCAGACAAUUUCUUCAUGGUCUUUUUUUUUUUUCUUCUUCCCCCGAUUUUCACGUUCCUUGUAUGGUACAUAAGUAAAAAUCAGUAUCACAGGAAAAAAAUGGAAAUCGAGAAGCUUACGUCCUCU